AUGACGAGGCCCCAGAUUAUUCGCGCUGACACCAUCGACCUCCAGGCCCACGAGGCGCCGUCCGCCCAAACCCACCACCGCCGGCCGAUCCCUGACGGAUCGCCCGCUCCACACCAGGCUGAGACGCUUCGCGGAGUUGCGGCGGAGACUGCUGAGGAGCACCUCCAGAGCCCUCGUCUUUCGUGGAAUCCCGACCCGGACGAUACCCAGCAACGCGCCGCCCUCGAGUCGGCCACCGGCGCCCAAAACGGCACUUUGGACAAGAUGCGCGCCGGUGCCCAGCAAGAUGCCCUGGCAAUUGCCCAAAACGGCGGCCUCACGGCCCAGGACACCGAUGACGGCGAUCUGGACGGCGACGCUGACGCCGACAUGGACGACGACAUGAUGGACAAGAUCUCGAGCUCGCCUUCAAUUGAGGAUGGUGGGUCAACCUUUGGUCUCCCGACUCUCUAUUCGAGCAGCUCAGGCUCCCCAGCGCAGUCACCAACAUUGCGUAGCCCCUCGCCUUCGGCCAACGUCUGCGACCCGAGGUUAUCUUCACCAUACCUCCAAAGUCCUGACCAUCUGCCACUGCGGGGUGGGGAGCAUAAAGGGCGCCAGUGCGUCGCUUCCGUACAGUCUUCUUUCGUUGCUAGUACACGCCGCCAUCAUCAUCUUGAGGGAGAGCGAAGCGAUGACGAUAUCGACCUGGCGAUACCAUACGAAACCGAUGAAGAUGAUGAUGGCGACUUGUUCGGACUUUUUGACUCUAGAUUCAUCGACUCCGGCUGGGGUGGCGAGUGCUUACAAGAUGCAGAGGACAUCGACUUCGAUUUCGUCUAUGCCCUCCACACCUUUGUGGCAACGGUCGAAGGGCAGGCCAAUGCGACAAAGGGAGACACCAUGGUUCUCCUCGACGACAGCAACAGUUACUGGUGGCUACUCUCUGCGACUAUGCUAGGAGACCAGCCUGACAAGGCACGAAAUACGAUCAGGUCCGCCAUGAAAAGGAGAAAGACCAAGACGGUUCAAUUUGCCGCUCCUACCUACGUUGACUACUCAGAUAUUGAUUACUCGACCGAGGAAGAGGAUGCCGAAGGCAACAUGUUUGCUCAACAGCAGCAGGCGCAGCAGACACAACAAGCACAACAAUCCGCUGGCGACUCGGAGAUGGAAGAUGAGACAGCGAAGGUGGAACCUCUGAAACCGAGAUCGCAGCAAAAACAAGCCAAGGCCGAAUCGAAGCGGCAAGAUGUUGGUGGUGCCACUGACUCGUCGAACACGAGCAAGACUGUGUCCCGAGUUGUGGAUGAGGUUUCAGAGGUCAGAGUUGAUGGGCCGAAGAAGACGAGCAACGGAACCGUUCGGGAUUCGUUCUUCAAGGAUGACACGGUUGAGACCAAGAAGAUCACGCUUACCCCGAAUCUGCUUCGUGACGACAACGACCCACGAACAUCGAGCGAGUCCAGGGAAGUCAAGCACCGCCCCAGCCUGGACAAACUCGACAAGGACGGUAUCUUCAGCAAGGAUGAGAAGAAAAAGAAGAAGGAUAAGGAUAAGGAUAAGAAGCAAGGCGGUCUGCGGGGCUUCUUCUCCCGGAAGGAUAAGAAGUCGAAAGGAGAGGAUGACGACGAUUCCUUGGGUAAGCGGUCAAUGGAGGCAGACCCGCCGGAGAAGGAUAUCGAGGAAGACGAAUCACAGGCACAGGCGGAGAAAGCCGGUCCUCAGAGGCAGACGAGCAAGUUGCAGAAGCCGCAGCCCAGGAGCGAACCGCCACCGAAUGGGAAGUCCAACAGCACCAGAGAAAACGGCAUCGACGUCAAGACUUUCUUGUCCGAAGGGCGGGUCAACAACGUCGCGAAUGUUCCUCCAGUGUCGAUGCGUGUGGUGGAAUCAAGCCCGAAGCCGUCCCUGGAGACGAGUCCCCGCGAUCAGAGGCCGGAUCGGGACCCGUCCACAGGCAAAGGCGCCUCAUCCAAGAACCCAAGAGCGGCGUUACGGCCUGCAAAACCCUCCGCAGCACAAUCUCGUGCGGAGCUUGAGCUCGAGGAAUUGGACUCAGAUACGGAAGAAGACGUGACCGAGCCAAUACGACAGGCACACGUGCCCGCAGAAGCUGUCCGGCAGCAGCCAGCACAGGCUGCGCAAGGCGCUACUCCAGCAGUUGAGCAACCGGCACUAGCCGGGGCGCAGGCAGCGAGCAGAGCGCCUGCGGUCAGCAUUCCGCCCCAGCAAGCCGAGCGGCUCUCUGAAUCGCCCGUGCAGGUGUCACCAGUCAACAGCAGCAACCCGCCGCCGCUGAUGGUGGACAACUCGAACCAGGAAGAAGAGCGGUCUACACCGUCGCCCGAGCUGAUCGAGCACGAGGACGCGGAUCCGGCCGGCCCCAAGCCCUCGACGACUCCGUCGACGGCGAGGUCCGAGUCGUGGGAUGAUGUCAGCUUGCGCGCCUUCUUUGACUCGGGAUCGGAUAUCCGUGAUCUGUUGGUUGUGGUGUACGAUAAGAACAAUGUCGAACCCGUAGGGUCGGAUCACCCUAUUGCGGGGUCUCUGUACCGGGAGCAGAACGCCAAGUUGGCUGAGAUCACGACGCGGCUUGACGACAUGCUUGGGGACUGGCUUGCCCGUAAGCAGAGACUCAGGGGCACCGUCUGA